AUGGGUAUCAGGCAAAUUGGCUCAACAGCUAAUCUCAACCUAAGAACAUCUAGCGGCGGGACUGAUUGUCGCAUAAGCAGCUUAAUGCGGUCCAGCGGCGCGGUGACGGUUUUGGCGGCGGCGCCGGCAAUCGCGCCGGCGGCGAAAAGAGCAGCGUCUUUGGGAACCAAUGCGAGCGCAGCCAACGGAUGCUUGAGAAGCUGGCCGAACGCAGGCGCGAAAUCCUUUCCUUCCUUGUUCUUCUCCGCGUGGGAAAUACACGCGAAAUUCGACCUUCUCCGAUUGCCGCCAGCAUCGGACCACAAUAAGGGUUCGCACGGGCCGAGUUCGGCAAAAUUUUUCGGGUCGAGGCCCGGAAUCUCGCGCCAUACUAGUAAACUUGAUCGUCAACAGCCACCACUAAAAGAUGGGUCGUGCAACUUGUCGGCUGCCCUCACCACCACAACUACAAACUUUCCCGUCAAAGCCUUCGACAAGAGGAAGAGACCCCAGAAGCUCGUCUAA